AUGGGUUCUCUUGACUUACCUCACGCUUCAUCGUUCAAGGGAGGAAGUGAAACAUUUCUUAGAAAUGUUUUUGAGAAUAUUCUGAAGACGUACCUGAGGAAGAAUCCGACGGCAAACACGAUAUGGGAACUUGUUCAGUCGGUGGAUAAUGAGAAGAUCUGCUACGACCACUUCACGUUCCAGACACUUAAGGUCGAUGGUUACGGAAUUGAUUCCGUGUCGAGUUUCUUCAUGGAUUACGGAUAUAAAUUUGAAACUGGAAUUGAUUUUCCAAAGAAGAAAGUAAGAGGUUGUUGGCUUUCUCCUCCGGAUGUUCAUGUCCCCGAAGGUGGUCACGGUCUAGGCAACGGCCCUUUGCCACGAGUUGUCAUAUCUGAGCUUCGUGUGGACGAACUAAGCCCUGAAUCACAAGAGAUAAUAAGAAAGUAUUUGAUACCAGAAGGUGGUAAGCAAGCGGUUCUUUCAAGUGCUUUGGGGUCUUUAAUUUGGGAAAAGCCAACAUACGCCGACUUCUAUCAACUUGCCAAAGAAAGCGAAUAUGGGGCAUGGGUACUUAUCCACGGCUACACAAUGAACCAUCUCGCUUUUGCGGUUCAUCGAUUCAAACACCGUUUUAGUGACAUUGGAUGCAUAAAAGUGUAUCUUGAAGAAAAGGGAUUCAAACUCAACAGUGAUGGAGGAAUCCUCAAAGUGAGUCAAGAUGGUCUACUAAUACAAAUGUCAUCGAUAUCGGAGAAACUUGCGGUUGAAUUUGCAGAUGGAGUAACUGAAACAACCCCGGCUUCUUACAUUGAGUUCACUCAACGCCUGGUUCUCCCACAAUUCAAAGAUCUGCCUCAUCACCAGAUUAAAGAGUACCACAGACGCGACGACUUUGAUGCAAAUAACGCAAACAAAAUUUUUGAAAGCGCCCGUUUCACCUCAGAUACCUAG